AUGAAUAUGCUUCAUUUGUUUGUAGUUAAAAGGGAUAUUUAUGAAUUGCGAAAAGAAUAUGCUGAAUCUCAAGUGAAUUUAAACAAUGCAUUAAGUUUAGGUCUUAAUGCUAUAGAAAUUGAAA